AAAGUUUGGGCGGUUUUUGUGGGUGAGAACAAAGGCUGUGGGGGAAGACGCUGUCUGCAGCCGCACCUCCACUGCGAAGCCCCGCAGUUUUCCCCUCCAAGGACACCGCCGGCAAACUUUUGACAGGCCGAGGGGAGGCUUUUACCCUUCGAGUAAAACUACUGCGCGCUGCGGGGGCCGGUUCAGCGCGGGGGUCCCCUUCCGCACCCCACAACCUACGGUGAGGCGUCCCUCUCCCGCCUGGGGAACGGUUCGCUCCGGCCUCUGCUUCCAUAUAGCCCAGCUGGAAAAGGGGAGGGGGGGCCGGCCGGGCUGCGGAUGCCCCUCCGGGAAGGUGCAGGGGGGAGCGCCCGAUGGGAGGGGCGGCACGGCCACCCUUUGGCUGCCCCAGCCGGGGCUCCCGGCUUCUCCUCCCCCUCCCCGCUUCCCCCUGCGCGGCGUCGGCGGCGUCUCCCCCGCGGGAAACCCCCGCGGCUUCUCCUCCCAGCCGGGGAGGGGAGCGGAGGGCGGGCGGGGUGGCGCCGCGGCUCCGCCCGGCCCCUGGCAGCCCCGGGGCGCCGCCGCCCGCCCCUCGCCGUCCCGUCCCGCCCCGUCCCGUCCCGUACCGCUGUCCCGGGCCGGGCGACGGCGAAGGGAGAGCGGGAGCCAUGUCUCACGGGGCGCGAGUGAUCCGCACCGGGGUGAGCAGCGGGGGGCCCGCCGCCCCACCGGCCGCCGCCACCACCGCCUCCUCCUCGGCGGGCUCGGACGCCGAGCUCAUGGACGGCGCCUAUUUCCGCUCCUGCGCCGGCAUGCUGAAGGUGGCCCAGAUGAUCUCACUGCUGGUUGGCUUCAUCAGUGUAAAUAAUUCUACGUGGACGGAUUACAGCGCAUACAGCUACUUUCAGAUUGUCACCAUGUGCGACUUGGUUAUGAUUUUGUUCUUCUACAUUAUCCACAUUUUCAGAAUCUACAGGAAGCUCACUUGCGUUAGCUGGCCACUGGCGGAGUUUCUUCAUUAUUUAAUUGGUACAAUUCUGCUUCUCAUUGCAUCGAUUGUAGCAGCAUCGAAAAGUUUAAAUUUGACUGGACUUGUGGCUGGGGCGACUUUCGGGUUCCUAGCUACGAUCCUUUGUGUUUUAAGCAUAUGGUCAUCUUACAAGGUUUCAUGCAUCACGCAGUCAACAAAUGCAUCCGUAUGACUCCUUCAUCUCUGCGAGACACCUGCCUUACAAACUAGGAUACCAAAGAGGACCGUCCACUACUGAGGAGAGAGCAUGGGUAUUUUGUUACUAGCCUGGACAGCCAGUAGCUUUUGAAGAUCUACUUGAAUGCCUAUGCAAAACAAUGUUGUGAACCAAAUUUUUUUUGCUCCCCUCAUUUCCCUCCCCCCCUCAAAGAAGUUUAUAAUGGAGAAGAUGCCUUUUAUGAGCUUUACAGAAAAAGACCUUCUGAUUUGCAAGCUGGGCAGUGGUCAUUUCCAGCUAUUUGCAACAAGUGAAUUUAAAACUCAUUUGGAGAGUCAUUUGGUUUGCCUUUCAGAAGGAUGGAAAAAAUGCUUCUGAUUUCCUCCAUGUGUUUACAGAAGGGAAAUCCUGCAAAUUCCUACCUGAUUCUUAACUUCCAAGGAUGAUUUGUUUAACAAUGGAACUGUUACAAACUGGUUUGUGCCUGGAUAAGCUGACCUAAGUCUUUGUUACCUCUUUCUGUCAGAACUGCGGACUUUUUCUACCAUCAACUCAGCCAGCAUCAAAAAUUAUGAACUGCAACUUGAAUAUAUCACUGCAAACACUGCCUCCUAGCCCCAACAGUACAUGAUGAAAUCGGGCUUUUUUUCUUCAUGAAUAGGUUUUUAACAAUCAAAGAUUAUUCUUAAAAACUUCCCUUUGCCGAAUACAGGAAAAUGCAUACCCAAGAAUAUCUGUAUAAUGUGUUGUGGGAUCUUUUUUUUUUUUCCUUUUCACAAAUACUCAUUUGUAAAAUUGGUAUUUGUAAGACCUGUUCUGUAAAAAAUUUCUGUGCGUUUCCUAUAAAUUAUUCUCUUUGGAGUCUAACAGUGCUUAUGGGAAGCCCAUUGUGAAUAGAGCAAUGUGCUGCUUUCUCUCUCUUACAUGUGUUUUGUCCCUUUCUCUAUCUCUGCUGGGAUCCAUGCUUUUGGAAACUCUGCUCAGGGCCUGGACAGGCAGAACAGUUCAGUUUUCAGUCUUGUCGUGAAGUUCUGUGUAACUUUGAGGCUGAGAUAAUGCCUUCUUGUCACCUUUAUCUUUCUUUCCUUUUGCAGUCCAUCUCUGGUGAGCUGGAAAUUCUUUGCAGGAAAAAGGGAAGCACAGGCCCUUUCUCCUUGGUGCUUCCCCUUUCAUGUCUAGCUGUGAAGUAGAACUUAUAAGUUGGGUCUUUUCUGUCAGGACAACUGCAUGAUGGUGCAGCAGGUUUCUGCAAAAAGUAGAAUCUAUACAGUUUACCAGGUCCAAUCUGGAGGAAAAAAGCAUUUUCUGGCCUGCUAUGCAUUUUUCCAUUUGUCUGAAAUUCUGUGUCAAUACUGCUAAGUAAUUUAGCGGUCCUCUCAGAAAAUUCUUUUUGUGCCUCAUAGCAGGUUAUCAUACAUUGCAAUUUCAUAGAAUCAUUGAAUCAUGGAAUUGUCGAGGUUGGAAGGAACCUUUAAGAUCAUCGAGUCCAACCAUCAACCUAACACUGCCAAAACCACCACUAAACCAUGUCCCUGAGCACCACGUCUGCCUGUCUUUUAAAUACCUCCAGGAAUGGCAAUUCCACCACUUCCCUGUGCAGCCUGUUCCAAUGCUUGAUUAAUAAUAUGAAAAUGAAUGUAACACACAUUUGCUUACGUACAAUGGGCUCGAUUUGUUGGCACCUUUUUUUUUUCUCUCAUCCUAAUAUAAGUGUCUUUACUUUGAUUUUUUUUUCUUACUCUUUUACAAGAGAAAUUGGCCAACUGCUAAGGUGUAAAAAAUUUUGUAUAAGUAAAUGACAAUAACUGAGCAGAUAACCUGGAAAGACAGAAAUCCCCCUCCCCAUGGUGCACGGUUUCUGUGAUUCUUCUUGCUGUUCCUUUUCAUAAGUGCCCUAUUUACAGCAACAUAGAACAGGAAACAAUUUGAAAGCACAAAAGUCCACUGAUUGUGAAUGAAAAUACAUAUAUUCACUCCAGGAUAAACUGCUUUGACGUUCAUAUAGAGGAUUAUUCAAAUAAAACUAUUUAACAGGCAGUUAUAAUGUUAUUAAUAUCAUAUUAACUAUUUUUUAUUUCUUUACAAUGGCCAACUUUGACCUGCUUUUCUGCCCCAUACCUUCAGAUGACAUAUUUUGUGUUUGUUCAGAAAUGGGUCACUUUUUUCUUCUUAAUGACCUGAAUUGAGCAUGCCUCAAAGGCUCUCGGGCUUAAGAGAACAGACAUCCUUCUCAGCUAGAAGAGUCAGUGAUGGUUCAGGUUUCCUUGCCCUGCCAGCACAGGACCAGUCCAAAGGACAUACAUGACAAGGGACUUCAUUCUGGGCACUUUGAGUGAAAAUACCUGCAGAAGGAGGCACACAGAGAUACAUGUGUACGUACACGCGUGUGCACACACACACAGAGGGGUGCUUGACCACCAGUUGUCCUGCAAAGACUGACUUAACUACAGUUUUUGGAAACCAGCACUCUGACUUUAAUUUGGACUAACAUGGUAGAUAUUUAAGGAUACAACCUCUUCCGUCCCCCCAGAGGAAGGGGAAGUGCUCUACUGCUCCUUCACCUCCUAAGAUAUCACCUCAGAUAGAUAGUAGGCACUUUCCUACAAGCUUUAACUCCUCCUGGCAAUCCUGUGGGAAACCAAUGUUCUGCUGCACGCAGUGUGAAUGCAGCUGAGCCCUCAGUGUUCUGGUGGCAGUGGGAAGCAUCUGCUAAGGAUUGGGGCUGGAGCCUGAGUUUGCCCUGAAAAAAGGGCUGUUUCCAUUCUGCUGGAAUCGUGCCCCCUCUCCUGGCACUACACUAGCAUCUUUUUUCAGCCUCCCACAUCACUCUGUCACUUGUCACCAUGUGGGGAAAAAAAAAUUAGGGUGAAUUUCAUGUAGUCUGACAACCAAAGAAUUUCUGACCUAUGCUCUGUGAUCAUCCAAAGAAUAUGUUGGUGCAAGUGCACUUGUAUUUUGCUUCUCCCAAUCCGGUAUAAACAAGUUCCCUUUUGGUUUCUGUGCCUAUUGACAGGUCUAAGGUAUGCCUGCAGCUUUUGCUGUUCCAUACAGUGCUGGGUCCAUAGACCCACCAGAUGCUCUUAACGUGGCAUGCUUUCAGGUUGGAAAACAGACAUCUCUGCUGCCAAAGCUUCCUCCCCCUCCCCCAAAUCCUCCUUGUGAAACAUGCCUACCAAGAAAAGCACAGGUUUUGCUGGUAUCACCAGCUCUACCGGGGGUCUUUGAAUGACAGCUCUGUCUCCAGGGACUUUGGCACCUUACUACUGUAGCUCUGCCAGCAAAAGUGUUUUAAGUUUCCUUCAGUGUCAGCCUGGUUCUGAAAGCUCCAUCUGUCUGCAACUUUGUCAAAUAUGGGAUUCCAGCUGUUUUAGAAAUAAACUGUGCGCUAUUUGGA